AUGAAGAAAUUUAAUUUUCGCAAAGUUUUGGAUGGUUUAACUGCUUCAUCCCCUGGUGGAAGCAGUGGUGGUGGCAGUGGUGGUGGAAGUGGGGCUGGUGGUGGCUCCGUGCACCCAGGAGGGACUGCAGGAGCUGCAGGGACACCCAGAGAUGAGAUCCAGGAGACGCUCACUUCAGAUUAUUUUCAAAUUUGUAAGACGGUGCGCCAUGGUUUUCCUUAUCUACCCACUGCCUUAGCUUUUGACCCAGUUCAGAAAAUUCUGGCAAUUGGAACAAGAACAGGAGCCAUACGAAUAUUGGGCAGGCCUGGUGUUGAUUGCUACUGCCAACAUGAAAGCGGUGCGGCAGUUCUGCAGCUCCAGUUCUUAAUCAAUGAGGGUGCUUUGGUCAGUGCAAGUGCAGAUGAUGCACUUCAUUUGUGGAAUCUUCGACAGAAACGACCAGCUAUCCUACAUUCUCUGAAAUUUAACAGAGAAAGGAUUACUUACUGCCAUCUGCCUUUCCAGAGUAAAUGGCUUUAUGUUGGAACAGAGAGGGGAAAUACACAUAUUGUAAAUAUUGAGUCCUUCAUUCUUUCUGGAUAUGUUAUCAUGUGGAACAAGGCAAUAGAACUAUCCACAAAGACUCACCCUGGGCCAGUUGUACAUUUAAGUGACAGCCCAAGAGAUGAAGGAAAACUAUUGAUAGGCUAUGAAAAUGGGACUGUAGUACUCUGGGACUUACGAUCUAAAAGAGCUGAUCUGAGAGCAUAUUAUGAUGAGGCUAUUCAUUCUGUUGCUUGGCAUCAUGAAGGGAAACAGUUCAUGUGCAGUCACUCUGAUGGCAGCUUGACCUUAUGGAAUCUGAAAAGUCCUAACAGACCAUUCCAGACCACAAUUCCACAUGGAAAAAUUCAAAGAGAUGGAAAAAAAACUGAAUCUUGUAAACCAAUUCUUAAAGUAGAGUACAAGACCUGUAAAAACAGUGAACCAUUUGUGAUCUUUUCUGGUGGAUUGUCAUAUGAUAAGGCUUGUCGAAGACCAAGUUUAACAAUCAUGCAUGGGAAAGCAAUUACAGUUCUUGAAAUGGAUCACCCUAUAGUUGAUUUUUUAACCCUUUGUGAAACCCCAUAUCCAAAUGAAUUUCAAGAACCCUAUGCUGUAGUUGUGCUUUUGGAAAAAGAUCUCAUUGUUGUUGACCUGACGCAAAGCAAUUUUCCAAUCUUUGAAAAUCCAUAUCCUAUUGACAUUCAUGAGUCACCUGUUACCUGCACAGAAUAUUUUGCGGACUGUCCUCCAGAUUUGAUUCCCGUACUCUAUUCUGUAGGAGCAAAACAUAAAAAGCAAGGAUACAGCAAUAAGGAGUGGCCUAUCAGUGGUGGAGCAUGGAACCUUGGAGCUCAGACAUAUCCCGAAAUCAUUAUCACAGGCCAUGCAGAUGGAUCAGUAAAGUUUUGGGAUGCUUCUGCCAUUACUCUACAGAUGUUGUACAAAUUAAAAACAUCGAAGGUCUUCGAAAAACAGAAAGUAGGAGAAGGAAAAGCUACAGCUGAGAUUGUGGAAGAAGAUCCUUUUGCUGUUCAGAUGAUGUACUGGUGUCCUGAAAGCCGAAUUUUCUGUGUGGCAGGAGUUUCUGCAUAUGUGGUUGUUUACAGGUUCAGCAAACAUGAAAUAAAUACUGAAAUUGCAUCAUUAGAGGUACGACUUCAGUAUGAAGUAGAAGAUAUCAUUACUCCUGAACCGGAAAUAAUUCCUCCAUUUCCAGAUGCCUCCUCCCAGCUUCCUUCUUUAAAGAGCCUUUCAGGCAGUACCAACACUGUAGCAUGUGAAGGAACGAUGAAGGAUAGUAUCCCAUGUCUUAGCGUUAAGACUCGACCUGUGCGAAUGCCUCCUGGAUACCAAGCAGAUCUUGUUAUUCAGUUGGUGUGGGUGGAUGGUGAGCCUCCACAACAGAUUACCAGUCUUGCUGUAAACUCUGCUUAUGGACUAGUGGCAUUUGGAAACUGCAAUGGUUUGGCUGUUGUGGAUUUCAUGCAGAAGACAGUACUGUUGAGCAUGGGAACCCUUGACCUAUAUGGAUCAAGUGAUCCAUACCAGCGUCAACCCCGUUCACCUCGCAAAAGCAAGCAGUUUGCUGCAGACAACUUUUGCAUGCGUGGCCUGUCUAACUUUUAUCCAGAUUUAACGAAACGGAUCCGUACUUCCUAUCAGAGCCUGACUGAACUCAGUGACAGUCCAGUUUCCCUGGAGCUAGAGCGUUGCAAGUCUCCCACUUCAGAUCACGUGAACGGUCACUGUACAAGUCCAACAUCCCAGAGCUGCAGUUCAGGAAAACGACUUUCCAGCGCAGACGUCUCAAAAGCAAACCGCCGAGGGCCCGGGAGGCCCCCCUUCAGAAAAGCGCAGUCUGCAGCCUGCAUGGAGAUUUCUCUCCCAGUCACCACAGAAGAAAAUAGGGAAAACUCCUUCAGCCGUUCCCGAAGCUCCAGCGUGUCCAGUAUCGACAGGGACUCAAAGGAGGCAAUUACUGCUUUGUACUUCAUGGAGUCCUUUGCCCGAAAGAAUGACUCCGCUGUCUCCCCCUGUCUCUGGGUCGGAACGGGCCUCGGUAUGGUCUUAAUCCUCUCCCUUAAUCUGCCUGCUAGUGACGAUUUACGGCAGUCAGAGCCAGUGAUGGUGUCGCCAAGUGGCACAGUUCUGACACUGAAAGGAGCCGUGCUGACCUUCGCGUGCUUGGACUGCAUGGGGACAUUGACACAUCCACCGUAUGAAGUAUGGAGGGACCCACACAGUGCUGAUGACGGUGAAAAAACAAGAAAAAGGAAACUUGUCAUGCAUUCGCCUUCCUCCUCCCAGGAUAUGGGUGAUCAUCAAUUUGCAGUCAUUUGUUCAGAAAAACAAGCCAAAGUCUUCUCAUUGCCUUCCCAAACAUGUCUUUAUGUCCACAACAUCACCGAAACGUCCUUUUUAUUGCGAGCAGAUGUGGUCACCCUCUGUAACAGCGUCUGUCUGGCGUGCUUUUGUGCCAAUGGGCACAUCAUGACACUGAGCUUGCCCAGCCUUCGCCCACUGCUGGACAUCAACUAUUUGCCUGUGACAGACAUGAGGAUAGCACGAACCUUUUGUUUCACUAAUGAAGGGCAAGCGUUGUAUCUCAGCUCUCCCACAGAGAUCCAGCGCCUGACGUACAGCCAGGAGAUGUGUGACAAUCUGCAGGACAUGCUUGGGGACUUGUUUACUCCUGUGGAAACACCAGAAGCCCAAAACAGAGGCUUUCUCAAAGGACUUUUUGGAGGAAGUGGACAAGCUUUUGACAGAGAGGAGCUUUUUGGUGAGGCCACGGCAGGAAAAGCCUCUCGCAGUCUUGCCCAGCACAUCCCUGGAUCAGGUGGAAUCGAAGGUGUGAGAGGAGCCGCAGGUGGAGUCAUUGGGGACUUGACUCGUGCACGCAUUGCCCUUGAUGAGAGAGGACAGAAACUAGGAGAGCUGGAUGAAAGGACUGCGAGCAUGAUGGCCAGCGCCGAGGCAUUUUCCAAACAUGCACACGAGGUGAUGCUGAAAUACAAGGACAAAAAGUGGUACCAGUUUUAGACUUUCAAAGACACUGCUUUUGGCUUUAUUAAGAACUCUGUUCAGGGAAGCAACAUUCAUUCCCAAAUCUACCAGUCACUGGCCAGAGACCGUUUUUUCUCCUAGAUGUUUUCCUGUUACUAUUAUUGGAUUUCAUCACAGUGGGAGUCAAGGAGAAAUUUUACAGACUGUGAGACGGAAGGCAGAAUCAUGUGGGUCUUUACUCCAACAGCUGGCUCACGCAGUAGCCAACUUUUUUCCAAAAGGGACUCAACCAUCACUGUGGCAUGUAGUUUUUCAGAAGCUGUAGGUAUGAACUGUGGGGAGUGCGUCUGGUUAAAAAUAUUCUGUACAAACUCGAAUGUUAAUGCACUUAUAAAACUUUGCAUGACUAAUUG